UCGAACGGUGGAAGGUUUCAAAAUGCCGCCUGGAAAAUCGCAAAAGAAAGUUCGCCCUUCCACGGCUUCGGGGGCACUGGAAUCUCAUGAAUUUGUUGAUUUACUGGACGAGCUAAGACCUUCUACUGCUCCGGGAAAAAACUUACUAGGUCUCGAUCCUACAUAUGUUACAUCGAGACAUCAUGUUCCUGGUGUUCCAAUUACUUCGAAGUUCAAAGGAAGGCAAGUUUUUGGUGGUAUUCCCGAGAAUGAUUUCAAAGGAUUGCAAGGGAGAAGGGCUACUUUGGGUGGCUUAGAGGAUGUGGAAGAGCACGAAAAACCCAAGAGACCGACUACUGCCAUCGGAGUUUCUAAACAGAUUAAGCUUGAGGACCGAAUUACUUUGGACCAUUUGAAUAAGAUGAGACAAGCUUUUGAGGAAGCUGACUCUGAUGGUAAUGGAACAUUGGAUUUAGAGGAGUUCAAAGAUGUCAUCACAAACUUGUUUCAUUUUCAAUUCAAGAAUGAAGACCAGGUUACAGCUCUGUUCAUGAAAAUAGAUUCUUCAUCUGAUGGUGAAAUAAAUUGGGAUGAAUUUUGCACUUUCAUGCAACUUGAAUAUGCUGAAAAAGAGGAUUCAUACUUGCGAUCUAAAGAGACUGCUUUUACUCUCCCUGCAAUUAUUGCUAUGAGUGAAAACUCCAAUUCCUCUCAGAGAGAACAUGUGAUAAGACUGUGCCAUACAGCAGACAACAACUUCCUUGUUGUUAGCAAGGAUGGCCUUGUUUCAUUUUGGUCUCAAAAUUUGGAAUUUAAAAGAAUGAAACAUGCAGUUCAUUUUGAAAGCUCAACAAAGAAGACAAAGUGGAUUACAGAUUUUGUUCUUAUGCCUCAAUUUAACAAAUUUAUUAUUUCAACAGGGGAUAGGGAAAUUCAAUUUUUUGAAUUAUCAACAUUUGAGCCUUAUUGUCAAAUUACUGGUCUGGAGACUACUCCUCUUAGACUUGAUUAUUGUUCAACAGGACAAGAUGAAUGUAUUAUUCUUUAUGGAGACAGCCAGGGAUGUGUAAAUAUCUUCAUCAUGACCUCUGUAGGGGAAACAUUAAGAAAUUGGAAGAAAAUGCCAAAAGUUGAAGGGAUAGCUAGUGUAAAUAUAGAUAGUGUUGUGAAUUCGGAAAAUGCCAGGUUCACCUGUAUCAGGUGGAAAGUGCACGAAGACUGGGUUUCCCAGCUGAAGUAUUAUGACUCUUUGAGAGCCGUUAUAUCUUGUUCAAAUCACCCAGAAACAGCUUUGGUUAUUGGUCAAACAAUGGGGAGCACUCAUGUAGAAUCACAAUUAAAAGAUUCCACUGGUGCUUCAAAGAAAAUUCAAACUUUCACUUCCCGUGACAUGCAGCCAAGGAGACGGGCAGACAGUGACCAGACAGUGUUCAAAGUGUACAAAGGAGUCAAAACAUUUGACUUCUGCAAAGAGAAAAAUGUUAUUGUGACUGGAGGAAUGGACAGACUUGUGCGAAUGUGGAACCCUUACGUUCCAAGUAAACCGACGGGUCUUUUAAGGGGACAUACGGCGCCGAUUUUUCAUUUGUUUAUUUGCCCAGAAGAUGACAGAAUAUUCAGUAUAUCUACGGACAAAACUGUCAAGGUGUGGGAUCUUCAUGAUCACACUUGUCUGCUGACUGUACGACCCAAAGCACACAAGAUUAGAGGAGAUCUAGCGGCCAUUCAUUACAACUCCGCCAGUAGAGGUCUUGCUGUUGCCACAUCUGAGCAAAUAGCUCUUUUGCCUCUGAAGAACAGAAGUUCUUCAAAAGACAUGAUAACAACUCACAAGGAGCCAGUGAUGUGUCUGAAGUACAACAAAAGCUUUAAACAUGUCGUCACAGCCUCGGAAAAUUCCGUGGUUAAAGUUUGGGAUUUGGAGACGGGUCGGUCAGUGUUUGAGUUUUCACAAGCGCAUGGAGAUCAAGCUGUCACAUGCAUGAGCUUUGACUCUACAGAAAGAAGGUUAAUAACUGGCGGAAGGGACGGCCGGCUUAGAAUAUGGAACUACAACAAUGGCCACUGUCUAAGAACACUAGAAAAAGAGAGUGACGUGGACGAAGUGGCAGAUUUGACUUACUUAGUACUGAAUAAAAACAGAUAUAUCAUCUCUGUCGGCUGGGACAGAAGAAUAAAUCUUUUUUCCGAUGAUAAUGAAGAUUUUCAUCACGUGCAGCAUCCAUAUGCCUACUGGAAAGACGACCUCGUCAACGGCCACAAAGAAGAUAUACUGUCGAUAGCAGUUAGUCCACCAAACCUUCUGGCAACUUCUAGUUAUGACGGCGAGAUCAUCAUCUGGAAUCAGAUUUCGGGGCAUAUAUUUUGCCACAUAUUUUCACCCUUUGCGACCAAAGAGAACGGGGAGAAUUUGUCUUCUCAAGACUUGGAUGGAGGAAAUGCUGUUGGUAAGAUAAUAUUCUUGAAAGCUAGAGCAAUGAAGAAAGACGCUGCCACUCUGGUGGCCAGUGGACCACAAGGGCUGAUUCACUUUUGGAAUAUUUACACUGGUGGCACUCUUUAUGCUACGUUUUCUCCGUCCAAGUAUGGUGUCACCACCUUGACGUCGGUUUCAAACGAUACCAAACUCAUUACCGCUGAUUCAGCAGGUUUCAUCUCGGUCUGGGAUGUCGAGGAUUACGGUAUGAGAGGAAAAACCACUAAACCCCCGGAACGUCUAUUCUUUUGGCGUGCACAUGUGCAGAGCAUCACCAGCCUUGAACCGCUGGAAAUAUGGAAUAUUGACGUGUUGAUGACUGCGUCUUUGGACUGUACAGUCAGACUGUGGACCAUGGACGGACAUUUCAUUGGUACUCUUGGUCAGCCUAAAAUAUGGGACAUAACAAACCCUGUGUCUUACCAACAUCCAAUGGCGCCCUAUGAUGUACUGGUGGAUCCUCAGACUGUGCCUCACAUCCCUAAAGCAAAUGAUCCUGACGAAAUUACGUCACAAAAUGACACCAAAGAAUCCGACAAAGCAAACGAGUUGGAUUCUCAACCUAUCCCGUAUUUCUCCAGUUCUCAUGGAAAAGAUCCGCUUGUAAUCGACGAACAUGCUAUCGCUGAAGAGUUAAAGAAAUCACCUUGGAGGGAAGGAUGCGGAAAGAGAUUGCGUCAUGAAAGGUUAAAGAAAGUUCCUAGAGAUGUUGGCGGACCAAAUGCUUAUCAAACUCUGACGUGCUUUGAACUAGAAGACACGCCUGCUCUCCCUAACCCCCCCUCGUCUUCAUCCAUCGAUGAUCCUUUUGAUAUCACAAUAUAAACAGUUCUUUAAAAGCGCGAAGUGACCGGCUAGUAUCUAAAUGUAAUGAAGGGAAUUAACACGAUUGGAUGUUUUUUUAAAUAAAAAAGGAGAGGGUUGGUCUUUUUAUUGUAAUGAAAAUAUUGUAAAUAACCUUCAAGUUCACUUAAAUAUCUUCUGUUUCGUCAUUUAUAGUUUUGCGUUCCAAAUACGGUCUAAAUCUUUUUACAUGCAGAAAUUGAUUUUAUUUUGACAAGUGGAACGCAACUCCGCCUAACUACGUGUACAUUUGAAUAUCACAGUUAACGGUAGCUUUCGUUUUCAGACACUCUCGCAUAACUUGAAACUUUGUUAACACUAGUAGUUUCAGUCAACUAAACUCUGAGGUUAAAGUCAAGUUUCUCAACUCACAUCAACUUUUUUAUUGUGCCGUUAUACGUAUAUCAGUGGUCAAAAGACUUCUUCGUUCAUUUUGUGGUACAUGGCUAUUUUCAAAUAAUUUUACCUUAAAACUCUCCACAAAUGAAUGUAAGGCAACGCUUGUACAAGACAACUACGAAAAUACAUGAAGAUUCGUAGUCCACAGAAGCAGUAUGAAGUGCAUUUUGCGAAUUUUUUUAAAUACACAAUACUGCCCAGAUGCUCAUAAUUCAUAGUUAAACAAUACUCGAGCGUGAAGUGUGAAGUUUGACGAAGUUUCACAGUGUUAAAUGGGAUAACGAUAUCGAUUUGAGUGUUUGAAAAUUGCCUGAGUAAGCUUAAUUUGUAAAUUUUCAAGCCAGCCAGCUCAGAAUCGACAGGAGUAUUUAUCUUUUCUUUUCAUGUGUAAUAUUUUCGUUUCUUUAUUUACGGGCAAAAUAGUAUUUAAAAAAAUUAAUUUUAAUAAGGAAAGAGUGUUCUGUAUCGCUGGAUGGGAAGCGUAUUGUAAAUAAAUGAAUCCGAAGAAUUAUUCCAAGCUGUGAAUCCGUCCAAAACUUGUAAAAUUUGAAAAAAAUUAAAUUUCUUUUUACAAUGUGA